AUGUGGUGGUGCCUUCUUUUCCAUGACAUGAACAUUUUAUUGUACAAAAGCCGAUUCACUUUUCAGAAGCCUGCAACUUCUCAAUCACAGGCUGUGUUAGGAGAUGUAGUAGCAGAUAAGCACGAAACUACUCCACUUCAUACAGCAGUGCCUUCUCUUCCUCUACACGAGCGUUUAGUUUUGCAGAAGCCUGCAACUUCUCAGUUACAAGCUGACUUAAGAGAGAAAACUUCUCAAAGACAAGCUGAGUUUAGAGCAGAUAAGCAUGGAGCUUCUCUUGUUCACACUGUGGUGCCUUCUCCUCCAGUAACUGAACACAUCCCUUUGCAGAAACCUGCAACUUCACAAUCACAAGCUGAGAUAAGAGUGGAGACGCGCAAAGCUUCUCUUGUUCACACAGUGAUGCCUUCUUUUGCAGAGUGGAGACUUCCAAUUUACAAGAUCAUUCUCCUAAACAAAUACAAACAGCUAUGGACAUGA